AUGACCUCCAAAUUGUCCGCGAUGUUUUUACCCGGCGAUGAUUCUAAAGCAGACGCAGAUGCUACAGCGCAGCAAGAACCGCAACAGAACACCCAGAAAAAAGACAAUCCAGAGUCAACGCAAGGGGCUGUGCGAUUUGCCUCGCAACAUGAAGAGAUAGAUCCUCUGGACGAUACGAGGCGUCCUUCAGAAGCUGGCGGGGUAAAGAAUGAAGAGCUCAGCCCCGAGGCACACGAACAGAUUAGGAAUUUGGCCAUGUCUCUACAAAAGUCACGGUUGCAGGAGAGCCGCCUGGCACAUUUUGCCUACGAAACGGUGUCCAUGCCUCCCUCACGGGUUCCUUCAAGAGACAGUGAGACGCCGGGUACACCUCGUAGUUCAGUAAGACAAGGACACGGCUCCAUGUCCUCUGCUUUUCAAUCGCCUCCCUUGACACCGCAUGGCUCAAAAGACGGGAAGCAAGACUCAAUCGCAGCUGGACGUGGCCAGCAAGGCCAAAACGCAAUAACUCCGCAAACAUCCCCACCUCCAGACUCUCAGAGCAAGAGACUAUCCCAGUCGAUAUCGCCUUCUCAUCCCGUCUCCCCGCCUCGGACCUCCGACCAGCCGCCAACGAAGCCAGAACAAGGCCACGAGCGACGUAUAGCCAAGUUCGAAAUAGGCCCGUCCGAAUCUGCUACCCCAGCCGAUCAGAGUCCCGUCGGAACACCCAAACUUGGACCUUCCUCCCCACAACUCGGAGCCCAACAGAAGCCCCCCGAGCCGCGGCAUUUCGGAAGCCUGGGAAGAGGCUCCCUGGCCCCGGCCAUUGCGGCGGCGGCAGAGCGAAUACCACGACAAUCAAGUUCUACAGAUCUCGCUGACAAGCGAGGAUCGAUAUUUGGAUCGAACAAGAAAGAUCCAUAUUCUCACGUCACUGACAGUGGUAGCGAGAAGAGUGGCUUAGAUGGGAGAAAACAUGGAUCAAUGUCUGAACUAAAACGAUUCUUCAGACUCGGCCAUGGCCACAAGAAGCACAAUAACCAGCAAGACUCUUUACCAUCGAGUGUACCAGCCUCGCGCAAGUCCAGCCAUAGGUCGGGAACAAGAACACCUCCCCACCAAGCUCCACCAUCCAAUGUCCCCUUCAUGGAUGACCACAGCCUCGAGGCCAAGUAUGGAAAAUUUGGCAAGGUUCUCGGCUCUGGAGCGGGCGGUUCCGUGAGAUUGCUCAAGCGAAGUAGCGAUGGAGUCACGUUUGCUGUCAAACAAUUCCGGGAGAAACAUUCCUGGGAAAGCGAGAAGGACUACUCCAAAAAGGUCACAGCAGAGUUUUGUAUCGGCUCGACUCUACACCAUGGCAACAUUAUCGAAACGAUGGACAUCAUCCAAGAAAAUCACCGGUGGUACGAGGUGAUGGAAUAUGCACCGUACGAUCUCUUUGCCAUCGUGAUGACAGGAAAGAUGAGCAGAGAGGAGAUUGCAUGUUCAUUCCUUCAGAUUGUCAACGGAGUCAGCUACCUGCACAGCAUGGGGCUGGCACAUCGCGAUCUCAAGCUGGAUAAUGUGGUGGUAAGCGAGCACGGCAUCAUGAAGUUGAUCGACUUUGGGAGUGCCACAGUGUUCAGAUAUCCUUUCGAGAACGAAAUUGUACUGGCUUCAGGUAUUGUUGGAUCGGAUCCUUAUCUCGCUCCAGAGGUGUAUGAAGAAAAGAAAUACGACCCAACAGCAACGGAUAUCUGGUCUCUUGCGAUUAUUUUCUGCUGCAUGUCGCUUCGCCGCUUUCCAUGGAAACAGCCACGGCUUGUUGACAACUCUUACAAGCUGUUCGCUUCUCCGCCUACACCAGGCACGCCCGUCCCAGAUUCACACCCUAGGAAGCCUUCGCAUUUAAGCCCGAGCGAAGACAAUGCCAACGGCAGUGCUAAUUCGUCGCAUCAUCACCAUCACCACUCUGAGAGCGUGGAUGAAGGGCGGCCUUCGACGUCCGGUGGGGAUAAACAGGAAGUGAUCAAAGGCCCAUGGCGGCUCCUCCGCAUUCUUCCGCGGGAAAGCCGUCACAUCAUUGGCCGCAUGCUUAAAAUCGACCCAGCCGAACGUGCGACGAUGGAAGAAGUUCUCGAGGACGACUGGGUGUUGAACGCACGAGUCUGUUAUCAAGAGGAAAAUGGGACUGUUCAUCAUGCAGAAGGCCACACCCACGUUUUGGAAGCCGGCUCCGGCGGACCGCCGCCAGCCAAAUACACAGGCGGCAGAGAUGGCGUCAUAUGCGCAUGGGAUCUGGACCUGGAGGCGCAGAGGGUGAAUCAACAAGAGGCGGGCGCAGCAAAGGACAAGAAAAGCACUGUGUCAUUCCGCAAGCAGGUGCAGGCGCAUACCCAUUGGGUCAAUGAUAUUGUCCUGGUCAAGAACAACCUUGGACUGGUUUCUGCCUCAUCCGAUGUCACUGUCAAACUAUGGAGGCCUCACGCUCACGAAUCAUCCCAAGCGUACACCAUCGGCUCCCACAGUGACUAUAUCAAAUGCCUCGCAACCCCUGAUCGAACUGCCAACUGGGUUGCCUCCGGAGGCCUGGACCACAGGAUUUGUCUCUGGGACCUUAAUGGGGGUGGCAAAAAUCUUGAAAUCAACUUGGGAAAAGUAGAGGACGUGGUCAAGGGAUCAGUGUACUGCCUACGCGCGAGAGGCUCUCUCCUUGCCAGCGGAGGGCCCGAGAGUGUCGUUCGACUGUGGGACAUCAAGUCCGGCAAAGGCAUAACUAAGCUUGUUGGACACACAGACAACGUCAGGGACAUCCUGAUCAGCGACGAUGGCGAUACACUGCUUACUGCCUCCUCCGACCAGACGAUCAAGGUCUGGUCUAUUGCGGCUGGCCGAUGCAUUCACACCCUGACCAUGCACAACGACAGCGUGUGGUGCAUGUACUCGGACGAUCCUAAUCUGGCUGUCUUUUAUUCGGGAGAUAAGUCAGGUCUGGUUGCCAAGACUGAUACUCGACGUGCAAUGGAAAUUGACGAUGGGGUGUCGGUCGCUGUGUGUCAAGAACACGAUGGUAUUGCUCGGGUGCUUCCUGUCGGGGACUCUGUCUGGACUGCAACCUCGAGCUCAAGCGUCAAUCGCUGGCUCGAUGUUGAUACCGAGCUCGAGGUUGAAACACCUCCUGCAUCCCCCCGCGAAGAAAGGACCGCGAGCCCAGAGGCGAGAAGUCACUUAAGCCCUGAGCCUCGGGCGUCUUCCCCUCUGCCAACUACGAACGGCACCACCAAUGGCACCACAAACGGUGAAGUCGACCAGAAAAAGAAAAUCCCUCACAAUGCCAUUCUCCGCGUGUCAAACACAGCUCUUCAUCCUGGUAGGAAGCACCUAGGAAGACACCCGAAUGUGUCGGCGACAAAUUUGAGGAAGGCUUCCGAGGCCAUGAUCACCGAUGAUUUGAGUCUGGUCGUCCCUAUCAGGGGCCAACCUGCUGAGACUAUCGAGGGUCAAAAUGGACUCAUCAAACAUGUGAUGCUGAACGACAGGAAAAGGAUACUCACGUUGGAUACAGCGGGCGAGUGCAUUCCCAUCAAGUCCUUUGGCCGUCGUCAUCUCGAUGAAGUUGUCCCCGACGUCAAUACAACUGAAAGUGUUGCGAACUGGUGUGGUGUGGAUACGAAGACUGGAAAGAUCACAGUUAUGCUCGAGGAGAAUUACUGUUUUGAUGCUGAAGUAUACGCGGAUGAGCUAGACUUGUCCAGCGAUCUAGCCUUUCGCGAGGAUCAGAGAAUCAAUCUCGGCAAAUGGGUACUACGUAACCUGUUUUCGAAGCUCAUUGACGAGGAACUUGCCCGAGAUGAAGCCUAUAGGAGCACACUUCAAAGCCCUGUCAGUGCUCCUCCUCCUACUGGUCUGGUUCGACCUGGUGCACCAACCAGCAUCAAAUUGCCAGAAUCUGUUAGCGCGACGCCCAUGGUGUCGCCGGGGAAAGUUGUGACGCCUCGUGCAUCGGGUGGCCACUCGAUGGUGCCCGCAACUCCUGGGUUGGCCAUUGGCGCCGCUACACCAGGCUUUGCGCCAUUGACCGCUACGCUUCCUCCCACCGCAGAAGAGCCAGCACGCACUCCCAACGGGGCACCUUCGCGGUCAUCUCUAGGGCAAACCCCGCGAGUGCAAACCCCUCAUGUGCAACCAACGCCUUCGGCGACGGAAUCUCAGAAUGUCGACUAUUUCUCUUCCACCACGGCUACGGGCAAUAGUCAAUCUGAGGCGUCUUCGGAAAGCGAAAAGGUUCCCAAAACACCUGGGGGUGGCCCGGCAACGACAGAAAGUAACGCUCACGGUCUGGUCUCGACACCCACAUCACCUACCGAGGAGAAGAAAAAGGGCCUCUUUGGCAAGAAGUUCGGCAUGGGCAUGUCCUUUCCCAAGAAGAUGACCAGCCGCUCGUCUGCAGAAGUGAAAGCGCCUGUUGCAUCGACAGAGGAGAGGUCUUCUGACACGGCUUCCGUUAGGUCUUCAGAGAAAGAUGUCGAGAAGGUCAACAUAGAAGACAAUUUUUUCGGUGUCGUCCAGAAGAUACGUCUAGAGUAUGAUGAGCAUCUCGAGUCCAAAACGGAUCAACCGCUGCCACCAGGGAUCACUCCUCCUCCGCCAACAGAAACACCGGUGCUGUAUCCGCCACCGCACACCACCAUUAUUAUCCAGGAGGAUAACCCCGAAAGUGGCGGAUUGGCAGACCAAUAUAGGGGUGAGAUCAGUGAGUUGGGAAAUCCUGCGGAGGUGGACACACUUGAGAAGAUUGCUCCGAUGUGGUUGGGAGACUUGUUACUCAGGAACCAAAUCCCUUACAAGGACACCGUCAAGGUCUCUUUUGUCCUGCACCCCUAUGAGAAUUUGCUCCCACCCAUCGCUUCACCCGAUGGCAACGCUCGGCUCAACGCGAAUCGCAUGCUCCGCGCGAAGAAGAUCAUGGCGUACAUCGCGGAAAGAAUCGAGGCUCCUCCAGUCCAACAACAAGCUCCGCCCAGCGAGACAGCAGCAGAAGGCGAGCAGUCCACCGAGACCGAGCAUUCGGAUGUACCUCCUCACGCCGCCGUCGAACCAGAAGAGAGCCCAGAAUCUCAGCUGAAGCCCGAGGAGUACCUGGAACUCUACUGCCAGAACCAACUGGUGCACCCCAACACGACCCUCGCCACGCUCCGCGUGCACGUGUGGCGCACGGGCGGCGACGUGGUCCUGUACUAUAAAAGCAACGGCAGGAAGCAGUUGAGGUUGCCUCAUCCCUCGCAGGUGCCCACGGACGUAGAGAGCGAGGAGACUACGGGUGUAGUGCGGUAG